AAUGAUCGAUUAGUGCGACGAAAAAAUGAGUCGUAAUUUUGAAUGGGCUAUAAAAAAGGGUAGGGACAACAGGCAAAAACAGAAAAGGCAAAUUCUUAAGUUCGUACCCUUCUCGCGGGUGUAGACAAUAUAUCUUGAAGACAAAAAGCCGAAGGUAUAUUCGGCAAAAGUGAUGAAUUUUACCUUGCAAGCGUUGCACUUUCUGGCCUGUUUUGCCUCUUGGCCAUACCCUCUUUUUCCUCCCAUCAUGUAGCAAAUGUGUAGAUACCGCGUAGUUGCCAUGUCAUAAAUUGAGUAAGCACCGAUGCUUUUUUUUUACAUCAACUACGACAAAAAGUGAAUUUCGAGCUGUUUUUUUGUUAUUAUUCGGUUAAUCUUUAGUUGCAAACGCCCCCGAAUUGUGAGCCAUCGAUGAGUUGCGAAAAAAGCUGAAUUCUAAUACGCUACCUUGCCAAUUGCUGGGGCCGAAGCUGUUGUGCUUUAUUCAAAUGGAGGAGGAGCUGCAGUUCCAUUGACACCCAACCCAAAAAGCAAGCAGCGGCAGAAGCAGAGGCAGAGGGCAGCAACAGCAGCGGCAGCGGCAGCAGCAGCAGCAGCGAGUGGAGUGUGGAGUUGUGGAGUUUUGAUGAGUUUUGAGGGGAGUGGGGAGUGGAAGUGAAGGAAGCACAGAGCCGACGCACACAUGAAAAAGUAUUCAAAUUUGUGCAAAUGGAAAAAGUGUUUGAGGCAUAAAUAAUAAGCAGAGAAUCAUCGCUGAAAAACGGCAAAAUAAAUCGCACGAAUUUAUUAAGAGACGCGACCGAGACCCGACCGAGAUCCGAGAUAGAGCCAGUAGGCAGAACAACAACAGGCAGGCGCGAUGGAUACAGAUAGACCAAAUGGACAAGAGACGAAAGUCAUUUAUCAUAUUGACGAUGAGACCACCCCCUAUUUGGUGAAAAUACCCAUACCCUCGUCGCAGGUAACCCUCAAGGACUUCAAGCUGGUGCUCAAUAAACAGAACAACAACUACAAGUAUUUCUUCAAGUCGAUGGACGCCGACUUUGGUGUCGUUAAGGAGGAGAUCGCCGACGAUGCCACCAUCUUGCCUUGCUUCAACGGCCGUGUCGUCUCCUGGCUGGUCUCGGCCGACGGCACCAAUCAGUCGGACAACUGCUCGGAGCUGCCCACCAGCGAAUGCGAAAUGGUCGGCCUCGGUCGGGCCAAUGUCCGCACACAGCUUGCCCUGCAACAGCAACAGCAGCAGCAUCAACAGCACCAGCAGCAGCAGCAACAGCAGCAGCAGCAUCAGCAGCACCUGCAGCAGCAGCAGCAACAACAGAAGCUGUCCGGCGGCGGUCUAAUCAGCAACCAGAUGCUCCAGCCGCCACCGCUCACAUAUCAAUCGGCAUCGGUGCUAUCGAGCGACCUCGAUUCGACCAGUCUCUUUGGCACCGAAUCGGAGCUGACGCUGGACCGUGACAUGACCGACUACAGCAGCGUGCAGCGGCUGCAGGUGCGCAAGAAGCCGCAGCGUCGCAAAAAGCGGGCGCCCAGCAUGUCGCGUACCUCCUCAUACAGCUCGAUCACCGAUUCCACCAUGUCCCUGAACAUCAUCACCGUCUCGAUCAACAUGGAGGCUGUCAAUUUUCUGGGCAUCUCGAUUGUUGGCCAAUCGAAUCGUGGCGGCGACGGUGGCAUCUAUGUGGGCAGCAUCAUGAAGGGCGGGGCCGUCGCAUUGGAUGGCCGGAUCGAGCCGGGCGACAUGAUACUCCAGGUGAACGACGUAAACUUCGAGAACAUGACCAACGAUGAGGCGGUGCGUGUGCUGCGUGAGGUCGUACAGAAGCCGGGGCCCAUCAAGCUGGUGGUGGCCAAGUGCUGGGACCCGAAUCCCAAGGGUUACUUUACCAUACCGCGCACGGAACCAGUACGGCCGAUAGAUCCCGGUGCCUGGGUGGCGCACACCCAGGCGCUAACCUCGCACGACAGUAUUAUUGCCGAUAUACCGGAGCCGAUCAAGGAGCGGCUCGACCAGAACAAUCUCGAGGAGAUAGUCAAGGCCAUGACGAAGCCGGACAGCGGUCUGGAGAUACGUGACCGCAUGUGGCUGAAGAUAACCAUACCGAAUGCGUUUAUUGGCGCCGAUGCGGUCAAUUGGGUGCUGGAGAAUGUCGAGGAUGUGCAGGACCGGAGGGAGGCACGCCGGAUUGUGUCCGCAAUGCUGCGUAACAAUUACAUCAAGCAUACGGUCAACAAGCUGACCUUCUCCGAGCAGUGCUAUUAUGUGGUGAACGAGGAGCGCAAUCCCAAUCUGCGGUCACUCAAUCCGCACCAGCAGCAGCAUCCGCAUCCGCACGGCCAGCAUGCGCUCAGUCAUGCGGACACGGAGAGCAUCACCAGCGACAUUGGGCCGCUGCCGAAUCCCCCCAUCUAUAUGCCAUACUCGGCCACGUACAAUCCCAGUCACGGCUAUCAGCCGAUACAGUACGGCAUCACCGAGCGCCACAUCUCGUCGGGUUCGAGCAGCUCGGAUGUGCUCACCAGCAAGGAUAUAUCUGCAUCGCAAAGCGACAUCACAUCGGUUAUACAUCAGACCAAUCAGCUGACCAUUGCCGCACAUGGUUCGAACAAAUCUUCGGGAUCUUCGAAUCGUGGCGGUGGCGGGGGAGGCGGCGGAGGGGGUGGCAAUACCAACGAUCAGGAUGUAUCCGUAUUUAAUUACGUAUUGUAGAAAUUCUUUCUUGCAAUCAAAUUGUGUGUUUUUAAUUAUUAUGGAUUUAUUAUUAAUGAAUAUGUAUAAUUAUUCUUUUUAUAUACGAGUAUACAAAACAAGAAAAACAAAAAACCAACAACAAACAACCAACAACCACAACCAACAGCAACAACAAUAUUAAUAAUACUUAUGUAUAUGUAUGUAUCUGUAAGCUAUAUAGAACGAAAAGUGCAAGAUGCAACAUGCAAAAUGCAAAAUGCAAGCGAGAUAGAGAGAGAACGAACGAGAGUGAGAGAGAGGACACAUCCAGAUCAGACGGAUAUAUGAGCGAGAGAGAAAGAGCGGACAACGAGGAAAUGAGAUAAUGAUGAUGGGAUGGAUGCAUGCGUGGGGACGAGAUUUUGAAUAAAGUUCUAAGAAUUUAGUAAUCACAAAAGUAAAUAAAUAAAAGUAAAACCAAAAUA